UGUGGUAUUUUACAUUCUGCUGCCGAGCAGCACAUGUUUUGAUUUAAAAUUGUAAUUCAUUUAAAUGGGCGGACACCAUAAGAAGAAUCUGCGUGCCGAAAAGGCCAAAGUGAAGUUGAAGGGCGCCAAGCUACCCAAGGGCCUCAAUGUGACCAAGACGGACUUUAAGGUGCGCAAAAUUGAAAUCCGCACGCAGCUCAAAGAAUCUGUUCUAUCGGCGAAUAACGGCCAGCGCCAGCUGAACUUAAAAGAGGCUCUGUCCCGACUGAAACAUCACAAUCUUAAGUUUCGCACAGACGCGCUGCGCAAUGUGCGUGAUGCCGUCAAAGCUGGCCAGGCCGGUCACCUGAUUGGUCAUCUCAAUGAGCUGUUGCAGGGCAUCGCAGCUGGCGCCUUAGACAUCGAACAGGAGGUGCGGCGCGAAUCGUUCAAAACGCUCGAUGUGCUGCUCGAGGGACUGCCCGUCGAGGCUGUUGUACCCUUCUUCCACAUCAUCGCCGCUUACUUGCGCUGUGCCAUGACGCAUGUCCAGCCAUCUAUACAAGAGGACUCGCUACUGCUCUUGGAUGUGCUGCUCCAGCGUGUUCCCUCGCGCCUGCUGGCCGAACGCAGCGCAAGCACCAUCAUAAGCAACUUCAUUGACAUGAUAUCGCGCACACGCCACGACACACAGCACACGAAUCGAUUGCUCACCGUGCGCCUGAGCCAGGGCCAGCUGACGACGAUCAAGUGGCGCACAAAAGUGCUGCUGCGCCUGCAACAAAUUCUCUGCACGCUGCUUCAGCAGAAUAGCCAAACCAACAGCAGAGACAGCACAGCAGGACGCGUCGUCCACUACGACGCCACGAAAGUGCAGUACUACAAUGUGCUGCGCCCUCAACCACUAGACAACCGGGACCUGUACAGCAUUGUGGGCGAGCGAAUGCGUAAGGCCGAGAACGAGCAGCUCCUCGGCUAUGUAGAGCAGUUGAUGCCGCUGCUCCACGAUAAUUGGAUCGAGGUGCGUCCGCAACAGCAGCAGCAGCAGCUCAACCAACUACUCAAUGCUGAUGCGGCAGACAGUCUUAAUGUCAUUCUGGUCAUCAUGGCGCAGCUGUGGCAGCUGGUGCUCCAGUACGAGGCCACACAGCAAGACAGCACACACGAGCUGAGCGACUGGAUGCGACGGACCUAUGCUGUCAGCUUCAUGCGCACCUUUCUCCAGGACAGCAACUAUCCUUACCAGCAAAUGCCGUUGGCAGCCAGCGCACAAAGCAUGCGCGGCAAGAAAGCCAAGAAACUGAAGACACCAGCGGCUGGCGGAGAAUUGUGCAUUGCUCAGAACUUAACGCUGGUCCAGCUUGUGUGCCACUUCUGGCCGCAGCCAGACGACGAUCAGAGCGAGGAUUACGGCUGCCUGUUGUACUACAUCCAUCAAUGCCUGCGCCGCUUGGCCACGCUGUCAACUGACGAGCAGCUGCGUCUAGUGGCGGCACUACGCGCCUUGCUGCUGGACAAUGGCUUAGCACUGCUGCAGUUGCAAGCCCAUCGGAUGGGCACUGUGAUGCAGGCCUGCAUCGACGCCUACGUGGACCAGCAAUACACAACUCGCGAGGGCAUCAGUACCAAGGUGCUGAACCUUUUGUGCCAGAUCGUGCAGCGCGUUGACCUCUACCAGGGCUACGGUGCCGAGGAGCAGUUCGCCAAGUUUCUCGGCUACCUGCCGCAGCUUCUGCUCAAGCCAAACGUGGCCGAUGUCACCUUGACAGCGAUGUCCACGCUUUGCCGCCAGCAAAAUGUCGUCUUCAUGACGGCGCUCGUGGAGAGCGCAUCCGAGGUGUUCGAGAACCUGGGGCGGCUGCUUGUGACGGGCGACUCCUGCUCGGAGGAGAGCCGCUUCGAGAACCAGAAGCGCAUCUUGAAUCUAUUCUAUCAUGCGCGCAAAUGCGGCGAUGUUAACCAGCUACAGGCCACGCUCAAGCAAGUUGAGAAAAAUUCACCUGAGAACAUCGCCAGCUACUUGAAGUCCAUCUUCAGCUAUGAAUAGACCCGAGAUACUAUCCUAGACUGAGCCUUCGGAUCACUUGAUCAAGCUAUCAUCGGAUGACUUAACGCUGACUGCUUCAGUUCAACAAGUCUCUACAAGACUGUUUCCCUAAGGACAUUACAUUUAAUAUAUGCUUAUA